AUGGUACUUCUUGAAGAAGACAAUAAUAAUGGUUCUUCAACCGACGCUGAUAUUAUUAUAAUGAAUAAUGAAGUGGGUGAUUCAAUUUCAACAACACCAACGACUCUAGAAGUAGAAACAAACACAUCAAUUAAUAUCGAACCAACUAAUCAUUCCACCACCAACACCGACCAAAAUCAAACAAUCGAAAUCAAACAUAAACCAAAUAUUACUAUACAAAUUCCAACUACACAACAACCAUCACAAUUACAAUACGGAUAUUCCAACCAUUCACUUGUAUCGGCAACAACACCAACCUAUGCAUCCAAUCAAGCUCCAACCAACUUUGAGUUGAAGCGUAUGCCAUGGAAUGAAUACUUUUUCCACACUGAACUCCAACACCUUCCAACUAGAUGCUAUAAAUGGAUUGAAUCACCACUCUCGUCCAUCAUCAUUGCCUAUAUUAUCAUGUCGUUGGUUGUGCUCUGUCCACUCUACCCGGUCAAGGAAAACCUCUCGGUCAACAAUCUCACAUAUCUCUUGGUAUACCUCCCAGUUGUAGGUGUCUUUUGCUUUGCCGUCUUCUUUCCAUUGGCAUAUACCUUUUUGAAUCUUCCCAGAAUCCCAUACAACAUCAAAACCACUCUAUUCCUAUUUUUGGGUAUUUGGAAUCUCAUUCUCAUUGGCUCUCAUUUCUUGACCAUGCUCGGACACGCCUUCCCCAUUCCAUUCCAAUGGAUUAUUAUUGCCUUUGGAGGAGGUGUCCCAAUCAUCUACUUGCUAGUCUGGAAUUCCCUACCAGGCUACAUUAGAUCAUUUGUUCCAAAUGCCAACAACAACCAUUCAUCAUUCAACUCGGCGGACGCUGAAAAGGAAAAAGAAAAGGAAAUUGAAUUGGAAAGAUUAGAAAAUAGUCAACAACAACCAGCUCAACAACAACCACCAGAAUAUGAAUCAAAUUUAAUGACGCUUAGAUCAUCGGUCGAUAAUAACAGUGGUUCACCCAAUCCACCAACACUCUCUGAACCUCUUCCAACUCCCAUUACCAAUCAUCAUUUAACUAGUUCCAACAAUAAUAAUAACUAUUUCACUACACCAAGUGGAUUAAACAAUUUAUUGAUGAAAUCAGUUGACAAUCCAACCAAUCAUCUUCAAGAAAUAGCCAUUGAUGAAAACCAUAGUAGAAAUAUUUCUGAAUCGAGCACUCAAUCAUCGGUCUCUAACCGUUCGGCCGAAGCAUUAUCAGACACCAUUUCUUUCAACUCUUCGGUUGCCAAUUCACAAGUAUUGGACAAAUCAUCCAUUGUCACCGAUCAAUUCCUACAAGCUGUACUCAUCGUUGCUUUCCAAUUGAUGAUCCUCGUUUAUAAAAUCAUCUUUAGAUUAUCAUUCCAUCGUAUGAGAUAUUAUUUACCUCAUAUUCCUCUUAGAGUAUUCCAAGAUGGUAGAGUAUUAUUUUUAUUUUGGUUGGAACUUUCAACCCAUUGUUUCUUUUCAAUGGUAUUCCCACAUAUUGGUAGUUGGUAUAUGAUUCUUAUCUACUUGGUGAUGGAAUCUGUCACAUUGACUCUUCAAGUACUAGUAGAUACUGUAAAAUUCCGUACUUUUGCCAUUAAAACCUAUGAGAGUCUCUAUGAAUACUUUAAUGACACCAAGUAUACUGGUACGCUUCUACACCGACUAUUGGGUCAAAAUGGAGAAUUGGAUAGAUCAGUCUCUCUCGAACUCUUCUUUUUCAAUUGUACUGCCCGUUCGUUGUCGGCACUUGCUUAUAUCAUCUUUUCGCUCGUCAUCUACUAUGGUCCCAACAGCCAGUUCUACCCAACAUUAAACUCUGACUUUUUCUCCUUUUUCAUGACACUUGUCUACGCCUUUGCCUCGUUUGUCACCAGUUCCACGCAUAUGGUCAUCUGUCGUCCCAUCCUCAGAAAGGUCUACAAGAUCGACAUGGUCAAAGUCGGACUACAACUGUGGCGAAGAAAACCCGAUGUCUCCUUUUUCUUUAUCACAAAUUGUUUCAUUCUUCCAUUGGUUGUAUUAUUAGAACAAAAUAACGCUGUAUCCUAUCUCUUCACACAAUACCCACAAUUAUAA